CGGGGGAGAAGUCCAGCGCCUGAACGGAGCUCACUAAUAUGGGAUUUCACAGCGUGGAGGUGGGAGGCGAAGUAAACUUCCACACACUUCUCUGACAUCGUCAGUGGUGCACCGGUCAGGGAGGACUGACCUCAGAUCGUCUCUACAGGCUCUCCAUCACUUCCCCUUGACUGGACAGGAACGCAAAGAUGCCAAUCAUGGAGAAAGAGACGGGGAGAACAACAGUCAGCCAAGUGUUGCCAAAGGUCCCUUUGCCCCCGCUGAAACAAACACUCGACACUUACCUGAAGUGUGUUCAACACCUGGUGAAGGAGGAGCAGUUCAAGAAAACAAAGGCUAUCGCGGAGAAGUUUGGGGCUCCCGGAGGUGUCGGAGAGGUUCUCCAGAAGAAGCUUUUAGAACGGAGGGACAAGACAACAAACUGGAUCUAUGACUACUGGCUGGAGGACAUGUACCUGAACAACAGGCUGGCCCUGCCGGUCAACUCCAGUCCCGUCAUGGUGUUUCCCAAGCAGACGUUCAGAGAUCAGAAAGACGCCCUCAGAUUUGCUGCUCGUCUCGUCAGAGGAGUGUUGGACUACAAGGCUCUCAUUGAUGCGCGAGCGCUGCCAGUGGAUUUUGCUCGAGGGCAGCUAGCUGGGACCCCUCUGUGCAUGGAGCAGUACUACCGCAUCUUCAACUCCUACCGUUACCCGGGGCAGAAGACAGACACGCUGAAGGUCCAGAUGAAGGCAGCCUCCUCAGCGCCGGAGCACAUCAUCGUGGCUUGCAAGAACCAGUUCUUCGUGUUGGAUGUAGUCGCAAACAGCAAGCAGCUCAACGAGACGGAGAUCUUAUCCCAACUGGAGAAAAUCAUGAAAAUGUCCGAAAACGCCAAAGAGAGACUCCCUCCAUUGGGCGUCCUGACGUCUGACGGGAGAACAGAAUGGGCACAAGCCAGAGAUGCACUUACGAAAGAUCAAACCAACAGGGACUCUCUGGCUCUGAUGGAGAGCUGUAUGUGUGUGCUGUGUCUGGAUGAGCCGUGUGGUCUGGAGGCUAGAGACACCACCCGGGCCGUGCUGAUGCUGCAUGGUGGAGGCCGGGAGAAGAAUGGAGCGAAUCGCUGGUAUGACAAGUCGAUGCAGUUUGUUGUAGGAAUGGAUGGAGUAUGUGGAGUGGUGUGCGACCAUUCCCCAUUUGAGGGAAUAGUUAUGGUGCAGCUCUCUGAAUACCUGAUGAAAUACAUAACAGGAAGUCCCUCCAAGAUGGCGAGGGCGUCCAGCAUCAGAGACCCGCCCCCUCCGAAAAGGCUGCUCUGGAAAUGUAACCCACACAUCCAAGGACUCUUAGCAGCAUCUGGAGACAGACUCCAGAGGCUGGUGGAUAAUCUUGACAUGGAUGUUUUAAACUUCAACGUUUAUGGAAAAGAGUUGAUCAAAAAACUGAAGAUGAGCCCGGAUGCAUUUAUACAAGUUGCCUUACAACUUGCAUUUUACAAAUGCAAUAAAAGGCUGGUGUCCACGUAUGAGAGCGCGUCCAUUCGGCGAUUCCAAGACGGUCGGGUAGAUAACAUUCGCUCUGCCACCCCCGAGGCUCUGGCCUUCGUGAUGUCCAUGACAGACGAGAGGGCCACUUUCACCGAUUCAGAAAAAAUGAAACGACUGAGGGACGUAAUUAAUGCCCAGACAAAUUAUACAAUUGCAGCUAUCACAGGAAUGGCAAUAGACAAUCAUCUCCUCGGGCUUCUGAGAAUCGCAAAGGAGCUCAACAUGGAGAAGCCAGAGAUCUUCAGUGAUGAGACGUAUUCGACCAGUAACCAGUUCAUCCUUUCUACCAGUCAGGUUUCUACCACAGUGGAAAUGUUCUGUUGCUACGGCCCGGUGGUGCCCAACGGCUACGGUGCCUGUUAUAACCCGCAGUCGGACCACAUCAUAUUCUGUGUGUCUAGUUUCUGGGAGAACACGGGGACGAGCUCGGCUGUCUUCGUCAAAGCCCUGAACGAGAGCCUGCUGGAGAUCAGGGACCUGUGCAAUAGAAGCAGCGCUGCGGCUACCAAACCGGCUGGUAGCGGCCAGGGAGCCGGCCUGCCUUAUAAAUCAGGGAAGUAAGCCAUUCACAGAGAGCAUCUCCCACUCAGAGGCUCCUCUGAACAACCUAAGGCUGCGGUCCAUUAGUAUUAUUGGAUAGGGCGGUUCCUAACUGAAGGAAAUGACCUGAUGUUUCAGGCGUAUUCUCUAAAUCUCAAGGAUAUGUGGUUGAAUGCUUCCUUUCUUACCCUCUUUAGCACAGGGUAGACUGGACAGGAGAUAAUGUGGUCCCACAAUUCCUGGUGGCAGCAACAUUUCAAUUGACUGCUCAACCACGUUAAUAACAUCCGGCAUCACCAAAUGAUUUGGUGUUGGAAAAUAUUUACUUCACACGUCCUUUCCUUUGUCCUUAUUAUUCUUCAUUGCUUCUUUCCUUGACCUCAUCAAGGUUAAGGAAAAGUGGUUAGGGAAAGACAAAGGAAGAUUUUUUUUACUUUUUGACCGCAGCCUUAGACCUAGACUAGAGUAGAGUGUUUUUUGUUGUCUGUGCAAUAGUGUUCCUUUAACAACAAAAUGCAAAGCCUUAAACUUAUUAUAUAGUAUGUAAAGGGAACUUUUUGUUGUUGAUGUGUGUAGACAUAAUGAUUUCAGGUCCAACUAUGGCCCUGUUUGACUCGGCAGACUGACGUUAAGUUAAGCUGCCUUUAGGAAACUGAAGCCAUGCACUCUAUGUAACACUGAUGAAAGGGGCAACUCCUCCAUCAGAGAGAAUCAUAUGAGUGAUCCCAAUAUAAAUAUAUAUAACGCAUAUAGAGUAGGAGUAUAAUAUAUGAGAGGUUUCUGAAAAUAAGAGUAUAUUUAAGUGAAUUAUAACAAUCAUGACAUCCUGUAAAUGUGAUUCUGUUUCACGUUGUUCUUGCCAUUGUAACAAACUGGAUCAUAUAUACUUUAUAUUAUACUAGAUCCAUUUUGUGCUCAAGUUAAGUAUUUUUGUAUUCUAUUGACGACACCACAAAGGUUGCCAAAGAUGUUGUGUAUACGUGAAGUCUGUCUGAUGAGGCACUUUAAGAUAAUUAUAUUGAUAUAUAUAUGAAUUCAUAACUGUAAACAUAGAGAACUGGUUAUGAAUCAUGUGUUUAGAGGGAGAACAUUAUGUGGUGUUAGUGGCACUUUUGGAGUUUAGAUGUAUGUGUUCCAUAGCAAUAGUUUAAAAGUGUAGCUUUUAAUAAACAGUGCUGCUUUGUAAGUCAAAUACAGUCCAGUGGUAAUAGAGGCAGACCACUGUGUUCGUGUGUAUACUGUAGAAGUGCUUUUUAUUAAUGGUAGAGUAGGGGAUGUAUUGAUAUACUGUAGUGCAAUAACACAGUAGCAAGUGCAGUGAGGGUAUAUGUGCAAUUUAGCAAAUCAACAAUUGCUGUAGAUGCAUGGAGCUUGUGUAGUAUUAAAUGACCUAUUUUUGAUACUCAGAGAUAUUGGUGACAUUAAAACAUGCAUGCUGUCAAAAUGGUCCAUUCAAAGUGUUCUGUGACUUGGAUUCUUCAAAAAAGAUAUAUUGUGUUUCAAUCUGGGGUCUGCUGUGAAAAUGUGAGGAUAUGUGUUGUCCUGUUGUAUUCAGAUGACAGUUGUUUGAUCUCCAAAUAAUCAGCCAAACUGAAUGUGAACCAUCCUCUCAAGAAAAGACUAUAUAAGCGACACACGUUGCAUGUUUAUUCUUUCAAACUAACUGUAUUUUUAUAUGUUCACCUGAAAAGAUUAAAUAUAUAGUAAAAUACUUGUGAAAGGUACACAAACGUAAGAAAAAUGCCUUAAAAUAAAGUGAUGCAAACUGUUUUCCUGCCAGAUAUUCUAUAAAUGUUUCAUGUUUUACCUCUGAUGUUCAUUUGAACUGUUCUACUUGGUGUUAAUGGUGUAACCUGAGUGAUAUCUGUAAAAGAAUGUACUAUUUGUUAUGUGUUCUUCAGUGGGUUCCCCCUUUGUCUUGUUCAUAAAGAGUCAUAUAUAAUCCCUGUGAGUAAAUCCAGCUGUGAUAUCCAUUGAACCGUGGCAUAGUAAUAAUGUGGCCUGAUAAAUCAUUGAUACACUCAUCCAUGACAACAUUUGUGAAUGGUAAUUAACGUGUAACACGUCCUUGACAGGGAUAUUAUAGUGUUUUAUGAAGCCAUUUAAUAUUCAAUGAAUGUUCAGUGGAAACUCAUAUGUUUAUGAAAAGAAAAGAAAAUGUUGAUUUAUUUUUUUAGGCUACAAAAAAAUGGUGUUGAUAGAAGACAUUGCUAAUUUGAGUUCUGAUAAAACUGUUGUUUAGAUAA